GCGUGGACAAUCUUCGAGAGAUAUAAGAGCAGCAUUUAAAAACAUUAACAAAAGGCAAACGACAUGCGAAUUAGUAGCAAUAUCGUAAAAUACGAAAGUAAUGCGAGCACAUACGUCAAAUAAGCAAUAAAAAGCCCUCAGAAAAAGGAAGAGAAGAAGAAGAAUGAACUACCCACAAGUUUCAGCGUGUAAAAGAAGGCACUUGUGGAAAGUGUGAAAAGAGACUGAUGACGGCGUUCGCGUCAUAUGGUGCCGCCACCAUACUUAAAUACACGAACAGAUAAUUGACAAUGCGUACAACAGCAACAAGUGUAAAAGAAUAGAACAUUUGUUGGUGUAAAAAGUGAACUGGCAAAUAGCGGAAGCGGAUGUAAAUCGGAUGCGAACGCAUAAUGAAAUUUUCACGCAUCCGUCACGUCCCAAGCGGCCACUCUCACACCGUAGUGUGAAGUAAUCAGUACACAAAGUAAAGUAAAAGUGUUAAAUACAAAUAAAGAAAGCCAAAUUAAGAAGGAAUCAAAAGCUCAUUAAGCACAUUAAAGUAAUUUUUUGAGUGUUUGUGCUGUAUAAUAGUGAACAAUUUCCGAGAAAUAUAUUUCCCAUUUGGUUUUGGUGGUGUAGUGUUAAGAGCUGUUAUGCGUGAGAAGCUUUAAAUUCAUCUUUCUCUAAUCAAUCAACGAGCUUUUGAAAAAAUCUUACUUCGAGCAUUUUCUUAUAAAAAAUAACGUUAAUCCCAGUUGUAUUUGCCUUCGCUCGAAGCAAGAAAAUCAAAUAAUUUUAUACAAGGUAAUCUAAAUUUGAAAUUGUACCGUUAUUAAGCGCACAGCCACGUUUAACGAACGAAGCUCAGCCGCCGAGCUUUCAGCUUAUAGAGUUAAAUCAAAUAAUAACAGUUACUGCUGACUGUUGGUUGUCCAAGCAACUUUGCGUGUAAGCAUUUGCUGAACGUCUACAGUUGCCGUCGUCAGCCGUGUUCAUAAUGUCUGACUUGGAGCGCAUAAGACUGGUUAUACUGGGCGGUGCUGGUGUGGGCAAAAGUUCCAUCAUCAAACGGUUCCUCUUCAAGACCUAUACAGACAAAUAUCGUGCCACGGUCGAGGAUCUCUUUAAUCGUGAAUAUGAUUUGGGCGGCGUUACCCUGAAGGUUGACAUUUUAGACACUUCCGGUGAUAUGCAAUUUCCCGCUAUGCGCCGCCUGUACAUUGCCACCGCCCACGCUUUCAUGCUGGUCUAUGCGUCCACGUCUGCGUCGAGUUUUCAAUGUGUCAAACAAUGUUUUGAGGAGAUACGUGAGCAGCGCGCCGACUAUCAGGAUAUUCCCAUCGUUAUCGCUGGCAAUAAAUCUGAUCUGGCCAAUACACACCGAGAGGUGCGACUGGAAGAAGUCACAGACUGGGUCUACUGUGAAUUGCCGCGACUAAGAGCGAAAGUGCUGGAGUGCUCCGCCAAAGAGGAUCAAAAUGUGACUGACCUCUUCAAAACUUUGCUGUCACUAUCGCGAUUUCUGCCCAUCGGGAGCAAUAAUGACGGCACGAGUGGACUCAAGCGACGCUCUUCGGCAUAUGUUAGCGCAUCGUCAAGUAGAAGUAAGUACUCUCAUUCCUAUCCAAAUUUACACAGCAAACUGAGCGUGCUCAGCGAAGCCAGUCGGAGCACCAGCAGCAGAGAUAUUAGUGGUCAUGGGAAAAUAGGAAGGCUGCAAAAGACACAAAAUGAAAAUAAGCGAAGAUAA